CGGGGUCUAGGAGGCGGGCCCGGACAGCCGGACGCGCUCCUCCCCUUUAAUUCGCACGUAAUGGGCGGGGCCUCCUGGGUGACGGCUCACUGCCUUUAAGGCGCGGCCCGCGUCCGCCGGCGGAAAAACGGCUUAAAGGCGACGCGUGGCGCGAUGGCGGCGGCCCCGCACGCGCGCGGGUUGCGCGGACAGCCGACCCCUGGGUUGCUGCUGCUACUGCUGCUGGCAUCGCCGCCUCCCGGGGGCCCCGCGGGCGCCGCCGCCUACUUCCCGGAGGAGCGCUGGAGCCCGGAGUCGCCGCUGCAGGCGCCCCGCGUGCUCAUCGCGCUGCUGGCGCGGAACUCGGCCCACGCGCUGCCCGCCACGCUGGGCGCGCUGGAGCGGUUGCGGCACCCGCGGGAGCGCAUGGCGCUGUGGGUGGCCACGGACCACAACGCAGACAACACGUCCGCCGUGCUGCGGGAGUGGCUGGUGGCUGUGAAGAGCCUGUACCACUCCGUGGAGUGGCGGCCGGCCGAGGAGCCCAGGUCCUACCCUGAUGAGGAGGGACCCAAACACUGGUCCGACUCCCGCUAUGAGCAUGUCAUGAAGUUGCGCCAGGCAGCCCUGAAGGCAGCCCGGGAUAUGUGGGCCGAUUACAUCCUGUUUGUGGAUGCAGACAACCUGAUCACCAACCCCGACAUGCUGAGCCUGCUUAUUGCCGAGAACAAGACGGUGGUGGCACCUAUGCUGGACUCCCGGGCCGCAUACUCCAACUUCUGGUGUGGCAUGACCUCCCAGGGUUACUACAGGCGCACCCCUGCCUACAUCCCCAUCCGCAAACGAGACCGGCGGGGCUGCUUCGCAGUGCCCAUGGUCCACUCCACCUUCCUCAUCGACCUCCGGAAGGCCUCAUCCCGGAGCUUAGCCUUCUACCCGCCCCACCCUGACUACACCUGGUCCUUCGAUGACAUCAUGGUCUUCGCCUUCUCCUGUAAGCAGGCAGAGGUGCAGAUGUACGUGUGCAACAAGGAGGUGUUCGGCUUCCUGCCCGUGCCAUUGCGCGCCCACAGCACCCUGCAGGAUGAGGCGGAGAGCUUCCUGCACACGCAGCUGGAGGUCAUGGUGAAGCACUCGCCUGUGGAGUACUCGCGCUUCAUCUCUGCACCCACCAGGACUCCCGACAAGAUGGGCUUCGAUGAGGUAUUCAUGAUCAACCUGCAGCGGCGCCAGGACCGGCGGGCGCGCAUGCUGCGGGCGCUGGAAGAGCAGGAGAUCGCCUGCCGCCUGGUAGAUGCGGUGGACGGCAAAGCCAUGAACACCAGCCAGGUGGAGGAGCUGGGCAUCCAGAUGCUGCCUGGGUACCGCGACCCCUACCACGGGCGGCCACUGACCAAGGGGGAGCUGGGCUGCUUCCUCAGCCACUACAACAUCUGGAAGGAGGUGGUGGAUCGGGGGCUGCAGAAAUCCCUUGUGUUUGAGGAUGACCUGCGUUUUGAGAUCUUCUUUAAGAGGCGUCUGAUGAACCUCAUGGAGGAUGUGGAGCGGGAGGGCCUGGACUGGGACCUCAUCUACGUGGGCCGGAAGCGGAUGCAGGUAGAACACCCCGAGAAGGCCGUGCCCCGCGUUCGGAACCUGGUGGAGGCCGACUACUCGUACUGGACGCUGGGCUACGCCCUCUCCCUGCGGGGCGCACGCAAGCUGCUGGCCGCACGGCCGCUGGCCAAGAUGCUGCCGGUGGACGAGUUCCUGCCGGUCAUGUUCGACAAGCACCCGGUGUCCGAGUACAAGGCCCACUUCUCCCCGCGCGACCUGCGUGCCUUCUCGGCGGAGCCCCUGCUCAUCUACCCCACGCACUACACGGGGGACGACGGCUACGUAAGCGACACAGAGACUUCGGUGGUGUGGGACAACGAGGGCGUCAAGACCGACUGGGACCGAGCCAAGUCCCAGAAGAUGCGCGAGCAGCAGGCGCUGAGCCGCGAGGCCGAGAACUCGGAUGUGCUGCAGUCCCCGCUGGACAGCGCGGCCCGCGACGAGCUCUGACCCAGACGGUGGCCUCGGGCUGGGGCGGGAACCAGGCCCCGCAUGCCAGGGGCAGGUCUUUGUGGGUGAAACCGGGCCUUACUGACACGCACACCUUCUUCACGUAUUUAUUGAGUGCCUACCGUGUGUUAGGCUUCAGGGGUGCUGCGGUGAGGAGCUGGCAUUCACUCAGUCACAGUUGAAGUACCUGCUAUGUGCCAGGUACUUGCGGAGACAGUUGUGUUGACGGAGUGCCUACUGUGUGAGGAAACGAACCCCAGACUGAACGAUGCCUAAUUGCCUUCUUCCCAUCACAAUGGGCAGGCACAGUGAUGUUCAGCAAUGUUACCUACUGUGUGCUGCAACACAGAAACAAAAUCUGCCUCUCCUUACACCAAGCGUUUGUGGAGUGCUUAUGGAGUACCAGGCAUCGCAGGCUCCAGGCAGAGUUGAAAAUAGCCAGCCCCAUCUGGUCUGUGGGCAGACCAUCUGCCCACUGCCGGGAUGGAGGGGGCCCUUCGCUCCCUGGGGAGGAUGCUCAGUCCCAGAGGCCACAUGGCCCUUCAGGUCCCCGUAGUGGGGGCGCAGGACAUGGGUGGGGGCUGGGUUCCCCCUACCCCAUUCUGUUUUCUUGAUGUCCUUGCCCUUGUGUCUCAGGUGUGGUCUCCACCUGACUGAUCAAAUCCUGUUGGCAAGACAGAGUGGGAUCAUGUGUUGGGGUGGGGGGGUGGGGAUUCUGCCUUAAAAGCAGCCUCUGAGUUGAACCUUCCCAGCAGGAGCCCAGGGCCUGACCAUCUGCAAGCCAGCACCAGCUGGGGAUCUGGGCACUGCUGCUGUGGUGCUAGUGGAUGACUUGCUUGUUGUUAUUAAACGUGCCUGGCUGGUU